GCUCUGGUUCGCGCACGUUUAUGCUUACGACUAAAUGGACAUAAGAAAUUGACGGCAACGAAACAGUUACGUCCCCAACUAGAUCGAGACAGAGUCCUUAUUUAAGGAAGAAAUAGCGAAACGAGUUUCUGAGGUCGACAGCAGGACUUCCCCUGAGGUAGCCUGGCACAACAUACAGUUAGCUGUGGACACAGCCGUGAAAGCUGUCAAUAAGCUAAAACCUAAAGUUAAUAAAAGCCACUGGAUCUCUACCGCCUCAUCCGAACUGAUUGACGCAAGAAGACUGAUUCCAGCGAGCUCCGAUUAUGAUGAGGAGCGAAAGGUACUUAAACGAAAACUAACAAAAAGUCUUCGCAACGACCGUGAACAGUGGUGGGCGACAAAAGCGAAAGAGAUGGAAAAGGCAUCGGCGAUUGGCAACACCAGACAACUAUUUAGGCUUAUCAGGGAAACAGGUGGCAAAAGGCAAAUGAUAAGUGAAACAAUCUCUGAGAAAAAUGGCACCAUAAUUAGCUCCCAGGAUAGACGACUGGAACGCUGGAAAGAACACUAUGAGGAGCAGUUUAAUUGGCCUACAGCCACACUUAACCUGCCGAACAUCCAACACCUCCCUGAAUGGGAUAUAGACACAGGUCCUCCGUCCUUAACUGAGGUUACUAAAGCUGUCACUAAUCUGAAACAAGGCAAAGCAGCGGGACCUGAUGGAAUGACUCCAGAGGUAUUUAAGUACGGUGGAGACAGUUUACUGUCUGCAUUAACUGAGGUUCUAGGCAGCGUCUGGGAAUCAGAGGAAGUCCCAUCGGGUUGGUGUAAGUCACUGAUCAUCCCGAUAUACAAGAAGGGAGACAAGUCUUCCUGUGAUAAUCACAGAGGGAUUAGCUUGACUAAUAUAGUAUCUAAAGUCCUAGGCUCAAUAAUCAUGCGUAGACUAAGUGGUGCUCGGGAGGCACAAACACGAGAAAACCAGGCAGGUUUUAGGCCAGGAAGAGGGUGUAUUGAUCAUAUCUUCACCCUCCGACAGAUUCUAGAACAUAGGCAUUCCUACCGGCGUCCAACAAUCAUUAUAUUUCUUGACCUAAAGGCGGCAUUCGAUUCUGUCGACCGAGAGGUUCUCUGGCGAUGCUUGGCUGUAAAGGGAAUGCCGAGAAAAUACAUUGCACUGAUUAAGGCACUCUACUCGUACUCAUGCAGCCAGGUGAGGGCUUAUGGCGAGUUGUCAUCUGAAGUGGUGACGACUAGUGGCGUCCGUCAAGGAUGCCCAUUAUCCCCAUUCCUAUUCAACUUCAUCAUAGACGUACUAAUGGACUUAACCCUAACACACUUCAGCGACUCAGGGAUUGACUUGCUACCAGGGAAUAAUCUCGUCGACUUAGAAUAUGCGGACGAUAUAGUCCUUCUAGGCGAGGACGCUGACAAAAUGCAGAGUCUACUGAACACCUUGAGCAACAAUCUUCGUAUGUUUGGCAUGCGAUUCGCCCCUGUAAAAUGUAAGAUGAUGCUGCAGGAUUGGACUUCACCGACUCCUAGAUUAGAAAUAGGAAGUGAAGUGGUAGAGCACGUUGACCGCUUCACUUACUUGGGAAGUACCAUCAGCCCCAACGGGUUGAUCUCAGACGAAAUCUCAGCACGAAUACAGAGGGCUAGGUUCGCAUAUGCCAGUUUACGCCGUCUCUGGCGUAGACGUGAUAUCCGAGGCUAUCGACCAAAGGGCGUGUGUACUGCUCAUCAGUCCGCUCCGUCCUCCUUUAUGGCUGUGAGACCUGGCCAUUGAGAGUGGAAGACAUGAAAAGAUUAGCUGUCUUUGAUCAUAGGUGCCUGCGUUCUAUCUCCCGCGUGAAGUGGUAUAAUAAGGUGAGCAAUAUUGAGG